AUGAAUCUUCAGAACGCAUUCGAAGCUUUAGAGCGCAAAGUAGAACCAGAGGUAGCGCCAAACCAGGAGCAGCCGGAGCCAGAUGCUGAGGCGAGCGUUGCGUUAGCAUCACUUGGGAUCGAGGCAGCUACCAGGAAGAAAGAGGCGAUUCGGCUCGAGCGAGAUGUUGUGUUCAAGAAACGGGAAGCCGGUGAUUUAAAUGGCCGGGAUGCUGAGAAACUUUUUCAAGGUCAGAACCAGCGUUACUUUUCAGCCGGGGCCGACCUGUGGAGACAUCAAAUGAACAGGAUGCAAUUUGGAGACUCUUCGGGAAACCGGUCGAUAAAUCCAUGUGGCGACGACCUCACUCAAGGUCUUAUGACUCUCUACAAGCGUGAUGAAUUCGACAAACAACACAGCCGGUUUCCGAGAAAAUACAAUCCACGGUGGUGCCAAUGGAAGGGUCGUGAUUCGGGAUGGCGCAAGGAUGCUUUGGCCUACUACAAAGGCAGUAGCAAAUAUCACAAAAACGCCCCUCGUAAUGCAGCUUGGUGCCAUAUAAUCGGCACGUGGCUUUCAUCAGAUUUUCAUCAUGCUACACAUAUCGUACCCCCUUUUCUUGACGACCACGGCUUUGGUAAAUUGCUAUUUGGCGACCGAACCCAAUCACUUCAAGGAGCAGGAAAUGCACUUCUUUUGUCCGAUUGGAUGAAUGGGUGGUUUAACAGCUGUGACAUUAUAGUUAUCCCGGUUGAUGCAAAGGAAACUCCCAUUAUGCGAUGGCGCGCAGAGAUCAUUUCCCCUAGUUUACAAAAGGGUCAACUAGUUAUGGGCUUAUCUGGCAAAGACGUGCAUGGAAAGGAACUGGUGUUUCUUAACGAGAACCGCCCAGUCCCAGGCUUUCUCUAUUUCCAUUUCAUCAUGGCGCUCAUUCGCGUCAAAGAUCUCCAACGUUUCGGAUGGGAGGCUGUCUGGGCCCGGUAUUACGAGCAACGCCCUUUUCCAACGCCAAGCAAGUACAUGCGAGGGAGCAUGUUGCUUGCCCUUGCCACUCAUUUCGGGGCAGCCCACAUGCAUGUGUUAGAGUCUUGGAUCGCAGACCAUGGCUUUGAGGCUUCCAUGAAGCUGACUGAGGACGAAGCUGUGGAAGCGGCCCGCCGGGUUCACAUGGUAGUAGUAGAGACUGCUGAGCGUGCUGAGCGGCUAGGGAUCUAUGAGAAUAGCGACGAUGAUUGCGACGAUGAUUGCGACGAUGAUAGUGACGAGGAUAGUGACGAGGAUAGUGACGAGGAUAGCGACGAGGAUAGUGACGAGGAUAGCGACGAGGAUAGCGACGAGGAUAGCGACGAUGAGAGUAAUCUGGACAGUGAGGAGUAA